AUUGUUGAGGUUUUAGAAAUUUUAACACAUUUUAUUCUCGCGAUUUAAAACGCACAUUUUAAAUUUAAGAGAUCCUAAGUACCGAAAGACUUAUGUGUGACAAUAGAGAAAAUACUAAAGUUUCAGCGAUCACAUACGUUCGCUUUGCUGUGUUUAACGAGGACAAUUUCGAGAGUGAAGUCAUUGUUUGGACUCGAAUGUGAUUUGUUUUUGGUUGCGAGGUGAAAAUAUCAGUGAAAAAAGAAACACGCGUUCUAUUCGACAGGAAAUGUCAACUACGGUGAUACAAGUAACAAUAAUAUAAGCGACGACAAUCCAAAUAAUAAAAAGCUCUACAAGCAACGGCAAAUUAAAUAAACGAUAUUAAAUAAACGAUUGAAUGUUAUUCUCCUACGAAAAAAAAAAAAAAACCAUAUAAAACUAACACAAUACGAACUUCUGUCUGUGAAUUAUUAAUUGUGAAUAAGAGAUUAAUUUUAAGAGACUAAUUUUUGCGAACAUGUGUGAUCCGCGACGAAGUACGGCGUCCUGCAAUGAGAUCGGACAAGUCAACGCGGGAUUUAAGCGUCGCUAAUUAUCCUUGGAACUGUCGUACAAUUGUCGCUAAUUAAUCGGCGCGACCCUUCGUGCGUCUCACUUCUGUGCUAGAUUCUCUGUGAAUUUCACGCUUGCACCGUCGCGAGCUUACAGGCGAAAAUAAUGAAGUGGCUCUGGAUAAUCGUCUUAGUAGCUCUGGCCCUGCCGGCUGCCGUGCCACGAAAAAUUCACAGAAGCAAGCCCACGCCACGACUGUAUGGCGACAGUGUCCCCGUCGAGUUAAUAAGGACCAGCGGCAGCAAGGUGCAGCAGAAGAUCGUGGACACGCACAAUUACUUUCGCACGCAGGUCGAGCCAGCUGCCGCCAACAUGCUCGUCAUGAAAUGGCAUUCGGGUUUAGCGAAGGCGGCGCAGAGAUGGGCCGAUCGUUGUCUCGGUUUGGUGCACGACAACGCGACCGGCCUGUACCUGGACGGUUUUGGUCAGAGCGGGCAAAACAUCUUCAUCAGCACCGGUCGUACACUCUGGAACUUCCCCAUCAGAAUGUGGUACAUGGAGUACAAGGACUUCAAGUACGGGCCGAAUACGACGAACGAUAUCCACGAGAUCGGCCAUUACACGCAGGUGGUGUGGGCGACGACGCAUCUGGUGGGAUGCGGGGUGAGCCACUGCACCGGCGGCAAGGGCCCCCUCGGCAAGGACUUCUACAUGUAUGUCUGCAAUUAUGCUCCGAGCGGGAAUUAUAGGGGUCGUCUGGGCCUGCCGUACGUGGCCGGUAAGCCGUGCAGCAUGUGCAAGGACCACUGCACGCGGGACAAGCUCUGCACGAACGCUUGCUACCACGUCGACCUGUGGUCGAACUGCGCCGAGCUGGUGAGGACGUUGGGCUCGUGGGUGUGCGAGACGGACACCAAGGAGGGCCGCGAACGCCGCAAGUUCUGCGGCGCCACGUGCAACUGCAAGGACAAGAUCUACUAUCAUCACGGGUAGGGGCGUCUUCGUUGUACGGGUCCACGUCGCGCACGUUGCAUGAAUAAUUUAUAAUCGCAAAACUAAGCUCACAGAGCGUGGUGGUGAUGGUGGUGGUGUGUGCGACGAUGGCUAAACGGCGGCGGAUCGUUUGACGGGGGAGAUCAUCGCGUUGUUUUAUUGAUGAGCUCGUUUGUUUAGUGAUGAGACUGAAGGAAACGUUUUGAGCUUUGGUUUCUCUCAUCGGGAGCGGACGGGAUAAACGGGAUAAUAUGGAAAUUGAUGGUAGAGGAUGAAGUGAUUGCGGAAUUCGCCGAGUGCGCUCUCUGAAUCUCUGGCAUCUGGAUUUAAGCCGGGAGAAGGGAUGAAUCGAAUCGGAUCGAUAUAGAAUCUGUGCCGCGACGAUUUAACGAUUCCGCCGUACGAUCUUUCGAUUCUACGCAGAUACCAGAGAUUUUGAGAAUAUAAGAUUCCUGCUGAUCCUCGAAUUCUAGAAUUUCACGGUCCUCGAGUGCUCGAGAUCCAUCGAGGCUUCAUGAAUUGCCGGCGAAAAAGUCGUGUCUGUUUAUCUUUUAAGUUCUCAACAAGUUCAUUCGCCUAACGUUUUAACAUGAAAGAAUAAAUUUGCAAGGCAGUGUCUCGCAAUUAUAUAGAUAAUAUUUUUAAUGUGUUAAAAUAUUAUUUUUAAUCUAACAUUUAUUUCGUGCAUGUUUGCUUUAUACUUUGUUCAGUAGGAAAAUAGAUGGAGGAAGCUCGAAUAGUUUGAGAAACAGAUUGAUUUUGUAUCAAUGAGUGCUUCAGUGUGUCAUCUUAACAUGAAAAUAAAAAUGUACGAAAAUUAUUCGAUCCUUUAUAAACAUACUCACACGUUAUACUUAAAAAAAGAAAUAAAUAAUUUCGAAAUUAAUAUUCUCGCCAUAAGACAAACUUUCAAGGAAUUGAGUUUGAAAAUAUUUUUAACACACCAUUGCGUUCUACCACCAACUCUUUAACUUUUUAUAAAAAUAAAGAAUUUUUAUUACGUUAUAUGGGCAAGAUAAUUUUUAAAAAAUAGCUUUCAAAAAUAUAUAUAUAUAUACAUAUAAAUAAUUUCUACAAAAAAAUUUUUUAUAAUUAUUUUUGUGUCUUCUUCAUUCUUAAAUAAAUUACAUUAGCAUCUUUUUGGUAUUUUAAAAAGUGCAUCAAUCGAUCAGACGAGUAAUUGAAAAAUUUAUUUAAGCAAAAGCAUUAAACUAAUUCGAUUUUGAAAAUCUGAUCGUGAAAUAUACAGGUGCAGCAUAUGAGGAUUCUUGCAUCUCUAUAUGAAAAAAAAAAAAAAAAACGAUAUAACUUUGAAAUACUAUAAGAAUUGUAAAUACAUCCAUUGGGUUACACAUAUCGAAACUGACAAUUGCUAGAGACGUAUCUUUAACUUUAUUUUAUUAAUCGUUAAGAAGAGUCACAUGUAAAAAAUUAAGGUAAGCUUCAAAGGAAUGGUCGAUGUUUCAUGUCGUGAUGUAAGGAUGAAACUGUUUUUUGUUAGUAUAACUAUCAAUCAAAUACACAGUUAUUUUUAUCUUAUAGAUUUAACAAUAGAGCGUAUACUCGCACAGCGCGCUAUCGAAUGGGGUCAAGUGGAGAUUGCAAAAUUAACUCUUUACCGCUUAAAUUCUACAAUUAAAAAUGUAUUUAAUCGUUUAAUAAAUUUGACAAACAAUAUAUUUGUUUGUAGAUUGAACUCUUAUAGAGAUAUGUUAGAUAGAAAUAUUUGAUUACAAUUGAAAAUAUAUGCACAAACAAUGGAGUGUAUGUGUGUGUGUCCUUAAGUGUGUUUUAGAGAAAUGUAAUUCUUUCUUGUGAGAGAGAAAAAAUUUGUAAAAUCACAUAUCGCUACGACAAGAACGUAUUUUUAAUGAGCCGUGACAAAUACAAUUUAAUAUUUAUUAUAUUCUCUUUUUCUCUCUUUUGAAAUUUUGAGAUGAAAAAAAUUAAAUAUUUCUAAAAGUGCAAAGAAAUUUAAUUAGCAGCCGAAAAAAAAAGUUUUAAAUAUUAAUGAAAUAUUGUGGAUAUUUACAUAAAUAUAUAAUAAUUUAAUUGAAUCAUCUUGAAGAGAGAAAUAAUAUAGCAUCAAGCUGCAUCAAGCAGUUUGAUGAAAAAUCGUCGUCGUUAUUUUUUUAUAGAAAGUAGAAAGAUAUUUGGUAUAUCACAGAGUAUAUAUAUAUAUAUAUAUAUAUAUAUAUAUAUAUAUAUAUAUCCUGUGUGUAACAUGCACAUAGAAUGUGCGGUAAAGAGUUAAAUAUAAAUGGUAAAUAAUAAGAGAUAUAAUAAAUAAUACAAGUGGAGAGAGAAACGAUAUACGUGUGACGUAUGGCGAGCGUGAUCGAUGAUAAUAUCAAGUACUCGAUUGUCGGUAAUUAAGGAGUUCGUUCGAAAGGGAUAUAACAGUAAAUGUAAUUAACGAUAACAGCUCCAGAUAAAAUGUUCAAACUGUAAUAUCUUUUGUCCACUUACACAAUAAAUAUCCUGUAAAUAUUA